UCCGUGCGCUGGGAGGGCGUGUGCCGGCGCAGCGUCCGCUCUCCCGGAAAGCGUCGUGUGACGUCGGUGCCGCACAGGAGCUGCGGCGGUCGCUGCGGAGAAUGGUGUUAAUCAAGGAAUUUCGAGUAGUUUUGCCAUGCUCCGUAGAAGAGUAUCAGGUUGGUCAGCUUUAUUCUGUGGCUGAAGCUAGCAAAAAUGAAACUGGUGGGGGGGAAGGUAUUGAGGUCUUGAAGAACGAGCCAUAUGAAAAAGAUGGAGAAAAAGGUCAAUAUACACACAAAAUCUACCACUUGAAAAGUAAAGUUCCUGGUUUUGUAAAGAUGUUUGCUCCAGAUGGAUCCCUGGUGUUUCAUGAAAAAGCAUGGAAUGCUUAUCCUUACUGUAGAACAAUUGUAACGAAUGAAUAUAUGAAAGAAGACUUCUUCAUUAAAAUUGAAACUUGGCACAAACCAGACAUGGGGACACAAGAAAAUGUCCAUUGUCUAGAUCCCAAUGUGUGGAAAACUGUUGAAGUGGUCCAUAUUGAUAUUGCUGACCGAAACCAAGUAGAACAUGGAGAUUACAAAGCAGAUGAAGACCCUGCGCUGUUUCAGUCUAUUAAAACAAAAAGGGGACCCCUGGGACCUAAUUGGAAGAAGGAAUUGGCCAACUCUGAGGACUGUCCACGCAUGUGUGCUUAUAAACUAGUAACAAUAAAGUUUAGAUGGUGGGGGCUUCAAAAUAAAAUAGAAAAUUUUAUUCAGAAGCAAGAAAAACGAAUAUUCACAAACUUUCAUCGUCAGUUGUUCUGUUGGAUUGACAAGUGGAUUGACCUAACAAUGGAAGACAUAAGAAGGAUGGAGGAUGAAACACAAAAGGAAUUAGAAGCAAUACGUAAGAAGGGUGCCGUUCGAGGCACAUCUGCUGCAGAUGUCUAAGAAAGCCUGCUCUUUAGUCUCAGAGGCAGUAUUAAUGUGUCUACGCAACCAAGGUCAAGUAAGAGGAACAAGUGCUGCCCACGAUGAAUGAAGAUGGACCCGACCAAACCGCAUGCAGAUUUCUUUUUUCCUUUAUACCUGUGUUUAUAUAUCUAUAAGUUUGUAGCUAUAUAAACAUAUUCUGAACAUUAACUUAUGUAUACUGUACCUGACAUGAGCAAAAACAAAAUGUAAAGGUGAAUGUGUACUGUACAUAAAGUUUACAAACCUUUCUGAAUGUCACUAAAAUUGUAAAAUUGUGGGCGGCUGACACCCAGAUAAUAUUUUUGUACUAUAUGUUUUGCUUUUAAUAUUUUGUUUUAGCAUCACAAAAAGAUAUCCCAAUGUUCAAUGGUUGUUUUACUAUUUAAAAUGUUUUCCAUUUAGUGGAAGGGGUAAAAUGAGUGUAUUGCUUGACUAUCGAUCACUGCUGUCGCCUUCUGGUUCCCUUUGAUCCACUGAUUUGAUGCCUCAUACAAAGAACUUCCAGGUCCAAUCAUCUUGCAGCUCCCAUUCCUGAGUCUCAGGCCUUUGACAUUCAAUAGAAAGUCUCCAACACCUAGGCAAAGGGAUUUGCAGGACUUUGGAAUCCAGAUGUGGAGACCAGUGGAUUGGUGGGUAAGGGCGCACUGGUGAUUGGCACUGACACUGUACCCUCUUCUCACCCAUUGUACUCAUGUUCAUUCAGAGGACAUAAAUGCUGCUGCUAUGAAUGUCAUGUAGGGCUUCUUUUGUCCUGUACUGGUAUAUAUAAUGUUUCAACCUACACUAAUGGUGACCAUGUUUUCAAG